AUGGAAAGAGAGGCGCCAUACUUUGGAAUGUACGGAAACAAUUAUAUGAGUCCACAGUAUAUUGUAACCUCCCCUACUCCAAGCUAUCUGGUCCAUUCUGGAUAUCCAGAAUCCAUCAAUUCCAGCUCAAUUUCCCCAAGUUCUUCAAGUGAGAGUCAAGCUUCAAACUACUAUCAAAUUCAACCUCCAGCACCUGGAGAAAUUGUCAUUGUCCGCACAACUACUGUUACCCGGAACACAACUUCUAUUCAGCUUGUUAAUUCUACAUUUUGA